UUGGUUGCCUCCAUCAUUAAAUGCACGUGUGUUAGCCUGUCGCACGGCACGUUCGAUUUUUGGCGCACAAAGGAUAAUAUUUUGGGGUGUUUUACGCGAUCAGAAUCGCCGAGAAAAAUCAUACGUGUGAUAAUUUACGAAGCGUCUCGUUAUCACGAGUUUCCGUGACGGAUUGGCGAACGAUAUCUGGUUUCUUUUGUCCACUGGAGGUGAAAGAGGAAGGCAAUGCCGUCCGACGCGAAGAAGAAACAGCAGCAAAAGAAGAAGGAGGCCGCGAAGGCGAGGCAGUCCGGGAAGAAACCGUCACAGAGUAACAAUCAGACGAAAAUUGCCGACGAUAAUAAGGAUCAGAAUCCGACGUUGGGAGAUUUGCAGAAUGGAACCAACGGCACGGCUAUUAGCGCCGAAGAGGCGUUAUGUCUGAAAUUGGAGGCAGAUGCCAGACUCAAUGCAGAAGCACGUUCGUGUACCGGAUCAUUGGCUUCGCAUCCGCGCAGUCGAGACAUAAAGAUAUCUAACUUUUCUAUUACUUUCCAUGGCUGUGAACUGCUGCAAGACACCAUGUUGGAAUUGAAUUGCGGCAGACGUUAUGGUUUAUUAGGUCUAAAUGGUUCUGGAAAAUCUACAUUGCUAGCAGUGCUAGGAAACCGUGAAGUUCCUAUCCCACAGCAAAUAGAUAUUUUUCAUUUGACUAGAGAAAUGCCUGCAAGCAAUAAAACAGCUCUGGAAUGUGUGAUGGAGGUUGACGAGGAGCGUAUACGAUUAGAGAAGCUUGCUGAAGAGUUAAUAGAUUGCAACGAAGAAGAUGCUCAGGAACAACUCAUGGAUGUGUAUGAGAGAUUAGAAGAUAUGGCUGCCGACACGGCGGAAGCUCGUGCUGCCCAUAUUUUACAUGGUUUGGGUUUUACUGCGAAAAUGCAAAAAACGCCUACCAAAGAUUUCUCAGGAGGUUGGAGAAUGCGUAUAGCUCUUGCUAGAGCACUUUAUGUAAAACCGCAUCUAUUGUUACUCGAUGAACCAACCAAUCAUCUUGAUCUGGAUGCUUGUGUAUGGCUGGAGGAAGAACUAAAAACCUAUAAACGAAUUCUCGUUAUAAUCUCUCAUUCUCAAGAUUUUCUCAAUGGAAUUUGCAGUAAUAUUAUUCAUGUGAAUAAAAAGCAAUUGAAAUACUACACUGGUAAUUAUGAGGCAUUUAUUAAAACAAGAAUGGAGUUACUUGAAAAUCAAGCAAAGCAAUACAAUUGGGAACAAGAUCAGAUCGCGCAUAUGAAGAACUAUAUUGCACGGUUUGGUCAUGGUUCUGCGAAAUUAGCUCGACAGGCCCAAUCGAAAGAAAAGACUCUAGCAAAAAUGGUGGCUCAAGGUCUGACAGAAAAAGUUGUCAAUGACAAAGUGCUAAACUUUUAUUUUCCUUCAUGUGGAAAGAUUCCGCCGCCGGUUAUCAUGGUUCAGAAUGUCAGUUUCCGCUACAACGAGGAUGCGCCUUGGAUUUACAAGAAUCUGGAAUUUGGAAUCGAUUUGGAUACUAGACUCGCAUUGGUUGGACCAAAUGGAGCAGGAAAAAGUACGCUGCUGAAGCUGUUGUAUGGCGAUUUAGUGCCAACAAGCGGAAUGAUUCGCAAAAAUAGUCAUCUCCGAAUCGGCAGAUACCAUCAACACUUGCACGAACUGCUGGAUUUGGAUAUGUCGCCUCUUGAUUACAUGAUGAAAGCUUUCCCUGAAGUCAAAGAGCGCGAGGAAAUGAGAAAGAUUAUUGGUCGCUAUGGUCUAACCGGACGUCAACAGAUUUGUCCUAUUCGUCAACUGUCGGACGGUCAACGUUGUCGAGUUGUAUUCGCCUGGUUGGCUUGGCAAGUACCUCAUCUGUUGCUGCUCGAUGAACCUACUAAUCAUUUGGAUAUGGAAACGAUCGAUGCGCUCGCCGACGCCAUUAACGACUUUGACGGCGGCAUGGUCCUCGUUUCGCAUGACUUCAGAUUGAUUAAUCAAGUUGCUGAAGAAAUCUGGGUGUGUGAAAAUGGCGCAGUUACAAAAUGGAGCGGUAACAUUUUAGAUUAUAAAGAACACCUCAAAGACAAAGUCCUCUCAGAUAACCAAAAGAGACAAAAGGAUUUGGCAAAUCGGGGCAAAUAAUAGGAGUUUGCACGAUUUGCCGUAUUUCUCUCUUUUUCCAAUGCACUAUGCCUCCAUUUAUAGAAAUCUUUUUGCGAAAAAUCGUAACAUACUAAUUAUCACUGAGUAUACGCUAAUCCAUAACGUUUCAGUGAUGAUCGGUCAGAUUACUUAUUGUUAGUUAAUUUAUUAAAAUAUUAAGUCGAAAUUGUGGAUCUAUUUGACAACCCACAAACGGUUGCGGCGCAUUAUUCGCGACACACUAGAAAUCUAGAAAUCCGAAAAUGUCCGUGUAUAUUACAAAUUGAAUCUAAAUAAAUUACUGACGAUUGAUUAAUGAUAAUAA